CUUUGUUAAGUAAAGUGAGAACGAAUCUCCACCUGGGACGACCACUCCUGGACAAACCGCUGCUAUUCGCGCAGCCUGCGGUCCGGGGCGGUCGCCAACAGAAGUAACUGCUCGUAGUUUGCCGCUGGAGCUACUUUUUGUUGGUGGCUAGCUGCGUUAGCUGCCGCGGCUCGGCACGAUGUCGCUUCACGGGAAGAGAAAAGAAAUCUACAAGUACGAGGCCCCAUGGACGGUGUACGCCAUGAACUGGAGCGUCCGCCCGGACAAACGCUUUCGGCUAGCGCUGGGGAGCUUCGUGGAGGAGUACAAUAACAAGGUCCAGCUGGUCGGGCUGGAGGAGGAGAGCUCGGAGUUCGUCUGCAGGAACACUUUCGACCACCCGUACCCCACCACCAAGAUCAUGUGGAUCCCAGACACCAAGGGGGUGUACCCGGACCUGCUGGCCACCAGCGGGGACUACCUGCGCAUCUGGAGGGUCAGCGACACAGAAACACGUCUCGAAUGUUUGUUGAAUAACAACAAGAACUCCGACUUCUGCGCACCUCUCACCUCCUUCGACUGGAACGAAGUGGAUCCGAACCUGCUGGGCACUUCGAGCAUCGACACCACCUGCACCAUCUGGGGUCUGGAGACCGGUCAGGUGUUGGGACGCGUCAACCUGGUGUCUGGACACGUGAAGACGCAGCUGAUCGCUCACGACAAAGAGGUGUACGACAUCGCGUUCAGCCGGGCAGGAGGAGGCAGGGACAUGUUCGCGUCUGUGGGAGCCGACGGCUCCGUGCGCAUGUUCGACCUUCGACACCUGGAGCACAGCACCAUCAUCUACGAAGACCCGCAGCACCACCCGCUGCUCCGCCUCUGCUGGAACAAGCAGGACCCCAACUACCUGGCCACCAUGGCUAUGGACGGCAUGGAGGUGGUCAUCCUGGAUGUGCGUGUGCCGUGCACUCCGGUCGCCCGUCUGAACAACCACCGCGCCUGCGUGAACGGCAUCGCCUGGGCUCCUCACUCCUCCUGCCACAUCUGCACUGCAGCUGACGACCACCAGGCUCUGAUCUGGGACAUCCAGCAGAUGCCGCGAGCCAUCGAGGACCCCAUCCUGGCCUACACCGCCGAGGGCGAGAUCAACAACGUGCAGUGGGCCUCCACGCAGCCCGACUGGAUCGCAAUCUGCUACAACAACUGCCUGGAGAUCCUGCGUGUCUAAAGUUGCCAGAUGCGCUCUCACAUCCGGACUUAUUACCCUCUUCUCUUUGCGUGUGUGUGUGUGUGAGCGUGUGUGCGAGUCCUCCCUCCACUUUGAGGACGAGGUAUGGAGUGAAGUGGUCGAGCGUGGGCGGAGUCCGACGCGCCCGCUCCACAACAACCCGGUUUACACUCUUGUUUUCCACGACUUUAUACUCCGCUCUUUAUUUAUUUUUUUCCGCCCGCUCGGUAGCGAGGCGUCGCUGAAGUGUGCGUUAAGUGCGAUUUUUCUAGUUGUCAGUGUGAUUUCAGCCAGCUGUGAGAUUCUCAUGAAGGAUUUAGACGUUGUACAUUUCAUCGGGUUUUCCUUUGCCGCGGCCGCAGGACGACGGCCUCCCUCAGGCCGGUGUGGUGAGGCCCUGUUGUGGGUUCGUACCAUCGAGGAUCGGUAUCUUACAGUCUCGUUUACCUCCGUGGCAGUUGGAGAUGCUAACGUGUCCGACGCCCUCUGUCCACAUGACGUGUGCUUUGAAUUUAAAAAAAGAAACUGUAAAGUAACCUGAGCAGCGUUUGUCACCACCUGGCUUGUUUUGUAGGGUUGACAAGCGGAUCCAGCAGAGCGGCGUGGUUCAGCCUUCCAGCUCUCUGAUUCUCCUCCUCUCGGUUUUAUAUGUAGAAGCUGCGUUUAGACUGAGUCGUAAAACAGGAGGAAACAACUUCCUGUCUUUGUCGCCUCCUAUUUUUUCUUUUCUUGUUUUUAUUUCCUUUCCAAUAACUAAAGGGUCAUGUCCUUGUAGCAUGCCAUUACAAGGCAAACUGUACAUACAUAUAAAUAUAUCAACUUAUGAUGUUGGUAAGCCAAGUGUUCAUGUUGUAGCUUUUUUCAUAAAGUUUAUUAUUGAAUUUGCUCUAAUAAAUUGUACUCCUCCAUGUCGUAGAAA